CUGCCUCGUGACGUCACGACGCCCACGCCUCCUCCGGCGCCGCCGUUCGCGUGAGCGUUUCCCUAGCACCGGGGUCGGGAGCCGUGGAUGCUCACAGGGAUUGUCUUCAGUCAUGGCCUUAGGAUUAAGGUGUUUCCGCUUGGCCCACCCUGCUGUUUGCAACUCCCUUGCAGCCCUGGCCAGACCUGUUUCAGACGUUACCCUGAAGACAGUGAGUGGAAGACAAAAUGACCAUAGGCAUCCAGCUCUACCGGUUCGCCAUUUUGCUACCAAGAAAGCCAAAGCCAAAGGGAAAGGACAGCCUCAAACCAGAGUGAACAUUAACACAACCUUGGUUGGGGACAUAAUCAACUUGGAAGAGGUGAAUGAAGAAUUGAAGUCUGUGAUGGAAGCACUCAAAGAUAAUUUCAACAAGACUCUCAAUAUAAGAACCUCACCAGGAUCCCUCGAUCAUAUCACUGUGGUAACUGAUGAUGGGAAGCUUGCUUUAAAUCAGAUUGGCCAGAUUUCCAUGAAGUCACCACAGCUGAUUUUGGUGAACAUGACCAACUUCCCAGAGUGUACAGCUGCAGCUAUCAAGGCUAUAAGAGAAAGUGGAAUGAAUCUGAACCCAGAAGUGGAAGGGACGCUAAUUCGGGUGCCCAUUCCCAAAGUAACCAGGGAACACAGGGAAAUGCUGGUGAAACUGGCCAAGCAGAGCACCAACAAGGCCAAAGACUCCUUAAGGAAGGUUCGCACCAGCGCAAUGAAUAAGCUCAAGAAAUCGAAGGACAAAGCCUCAGAGGACACCAUUAGGCUCAUAGAGAAACAGAUCAGCCAGAUGGCCGAUGACACAGUGGCCGAGGUGGAGAGGCAUCUGGCAGUGAAGACCAAGGAACUCCUCGGAUGAAAGUCCCGGGCCAGCAGCACUCCGGAGCCCAGGUCCUCCCUACUCGUCCACACGGAAGCCGGCACCCCUUAGUGUGGUCCUUGUGAAGUCCACUCUCCUCCUUCCCACCUGUGCCCCUCGGGACUUGUUGCCAUGCUGGCCCUCAGAGGGGGGUGGGAGGUGGAAUUUGCCUGGACUGAAACAUGCCAAGGGACCAGGACCAUUGGCAGGGUUAGUACCAUCUGCUCCUGAUCUCAGAAGCCGCCUUUUCAAGCAAGCAGCCAGCUCCAGUCUCUGAGUUGACCUCUGCUUGGGCGGAGAUGGCCCUUCACCCAUGAUUGAAUACCUUUGUUGAAGGCCCAUUUCCACCAAGCAGUAGACUCUAAAUAAAUUGGAAAGAAGAAAAACCACAAAGGAAAGCGUAGCAUUGGUCUGGAUGGAUGACUCUAAGGCAGUACUCUUCUUUGCCUCUGGGUCAUCUUCAUACUUGCUAAUUUCUUUGCCCGGAACAUUCUUUCCUUCCUCUUUACCCAACCAGUCCUGGUAGCCUUUCAGUGUCUGCUUAGGCAACACUCUCUCUGGGACAUCUUGGACCCUGGUUUUUGGCUCUCACAACACCAUCUACUGCUUUCACCUGAACUCCAUGCAUGCUUUUUGCUAGCUUGGCAUAGUGCCUAGAAUGGCGUAGACACUUAAAUAUAUAUGUGGUGAUUCUGGCUUCUCUUU